GAUAUUGCGAAGGUGACAUUGGGACCUUGACAGUUUUUAAAAUGACAGCUAAAGGAGUAAAGAGUCGCCAAAAUCAGUGAAUGCUUCGUCAGCUCUCUGGGAUCGCGGUUAAGCCUUAGCAACUUCGUCUGACCAGCGGUAGAUUGUUUAUGGCAUUAUGUAAUUUGUGCACUUGGCGACACUUGUACAAUGUACAGUGUACAUGUAGUUGUACAUUGUACUAGUACAGUACGAGUACCUGUGUGCAAAAUGCACGUCACAAAUACAAUUUGCCUCAGUUAUUGCCCUUCCAUGCUUUGCAUUUAUUUAGUAAAAUUGCAACCAGAAGCUUGAAGUUGUACAGUGAACAAUAUUAUGUUAAAAGAAAAUUGAAUUCUUUACCCAAGUUUAAAAAGUACAGUUUGUAGAUAACCCUGGAUUGGGGAGGUCUCACCUUAUGAAAGACAUGCAUCAAAUAGAGCUACAGGAAUUCUCAUAUGAUGACGAAAUUGAUUCACUGGCAGACUUACAUGAAGGGCAUGCAGACCUAGAGGACAUUACCAUUGAUACAUUGUUGUCUUCACCUGUCAGCUGGGAUUUCGAACAGGCCACAGGUCAACUGCCUGACGUUUCCUGGAAUUUCACCAAACAAUCCCAUGAAGCCAGUACUGUUCCCUGGAAUUUUGACCAACGGUUGCCAGAUAUAAGUUCCCUGAGGUGGAAUUUCGCCCAACAAACAUCAAAAACUGGAUCUGUAAAUUGGGGAUUUUCCAAACAGCUUCCUCUACCUCCAUUAAACUGGUCUUUUUUGGAACUGUGCCCUAAUUCUAGCACUGUAAAUUGGGCUUUCAGAAAUCAACUAAAACUUCUUCGACGAUAUCACAGUGGUUUUCCAAAACAACUUCCACUUUCCGAGACAAAAAUAAAUUGGAAUUUCAACCAGCAGACCCCAGAAACAACAACUGUAAGGUGGGGGUUUCAGAAACAAGUGCCUGAGAAUGGAAGUGUUAACUGGUGCUUUUCUCAGCAAGUACCUCAACAAUCCUCCAUUGACUGGGGGUUCCAGAAGCAAAUAAAAGAUGGAAAUGUUAGAUGGAACUUUACUCAGCAGACGUCACCCAGAGGGAAUGUGAACUGGAACUUUGUCCAUCAGCUCUCUCAGGAAAGUCAAGUUAACUGGAGAUUCUUGCCACAGGUGCCAUCAUUAUCCACAUUAAAUUGGGGGUUUUCACAGCAGACUGAUUAUGAGACAUCAGGGGUUAAUUGGAACUUUGCUAAAAAUGUAGAUUACAACUCGCAAUUGCCUUGGAACUUUGUAGGCCAAGUUUCUCACAUUAAGCAAUUAGAAUGGAAUUUUCAACAUUUUUCAGAUUAUGAAACUCGCCAGUCUAUUGAAGAUGUUAAAAAUGAAAACCAAAACUUUAGAGACAAUUAUUUCAAACAGUGCAACAUACCCAAGAAUCAAAGGCCCAAUCGCAGGCAAUGAGAAAAGAAUUUCACCCAACGUUUGCACUCUACUUAGAUCGCAUUAACAACGAGUUGAGCCAUGGCUUUACAAAUCCUGGAACUAAAUAUGGUGGACGUACAUGAAAG